AUUGACUGGUAAAGUAUGGCCAGGGAUUACUACCUUCCCUGACUUCUUUCAUCCAAAAGCUAACCAGUAUUGGGAAAAUAAUAUUCAAAGCUUUCGUACCAAUUACUUCCCAGUUGAUGGUUUGUGGAUAGACAUGAAUGAAAUUAGUAACUUUUGCAAUGGAGAGUGCUCAUCUGACGAUGACUCAGCGACAAUACAGCAAGCUCCAAAACCCACUAUCCCAUACAAUGGCUUUGAUCCUAACUCUCCUCCAUAUCAGAUUGACAAUCAAGGGAAUAGAGUAGCGCUCAAUGUAAAGACCAUUUCAACGGAUGCAGUUCAUUAUGGAGGAGUACUGGAAUAUAAUACUCACAAUUUGUUUGGUUUAACUGAGUCAAUAGCUACUAACUUAGCACUGGAAGACAUAAGGAAAGCUCGGAGUCUCGUUAUCAGCAGGUCCACAUUCCCAGGUUCUGGGUCUCAUGCUGGACAUUGGACAGGUGACAAUCAUGCUGAUUGGGAGAACAUCUACACUAGCAUCCCUGAUGUACUCAACUUCCAGAUGUUUGGGAUUCCACUUAUAGGAGCUGAUAUCUGUGGAUUCGCAGGCAGCACUAACGAGGAAUUGUGCGGUAGGUGGAUGCAGUUAGGAGCAUUCUAUCCUUUCUCUCGUAAUCACAAUGCAAUUGGAGAUGAUCCACAA